AUGGACGACCCCCUCAAAGUGAUCAAGGUCACUGCCUCGGACGGCAAGUCCGGCGAGCAGAGGGACAUUUCGUAUACAAAUUGUAAGGUUAUAGGAAACGGCUCCUUUGGUGUCGUCUUUCAAGCCCGACUCGUCAGUGGGGGCAACGGCAACUUGGUAGAGGGAGCUGGCGCAUCACAAGAUCAGGGCGCGGCAGGGAGCGCGCCAAAAGAGAACCAGGAGGAUGUCGCAAUCAAGAAGGUCUUGCAGGACAAGCGAUUCAAGAACCGAGAGCUUCAGAUCAUGCGGAUCGUAGCGCACCCGAAUGUGGUUGAUUUGCGAGCGUUCUUCUACUCGAACGGCGACAAGAAGGACGAAGUCUUCCUCAACCUCGUCCUCGAAUACGUGCCAGAGACAGUGUACCGCGCGUCGCGACACUAUGCAAAGCUCAAGCAGACGAUGCCGAUGCUCCUAAUCAAGCUCUACAUGUACCAAUUGCUCCGCAGCCUGGCUUACAUCCACAGCAUCGGCAUCUGCCACCGGGACAUCAAGCCGCAGAACCUGCUCCUCAACCCCACGACUGGCGUUUUGAAGCUUUGCGACUUUGGCUCGGCGAAGAUUCUCGUUGCGGGGGAACCGAAUGUCAGCUACAUCUGUUCGAGGUACUACCGGGCGCCGGAGCUCAUCUUUGGAGCGACGAACUACACGACCAACAUUGACAUCUGGUCGACUGGAUGCGUCAUGGCCGAGCUCAUGCAGGGGCAACCUCUGUUCCCAGGAGAGAGCGGUAUCGACCAGCUCGUCGAGAUCAUCAAGGUGCUCGGCACGCCGACCAAGGAGCAGAUCAAGACAAUGAACCCCAACUACAUGGAGCAUAAAUUCCCUCAAAUCAGGCCACACCCAUUCUCCAAGGUGUUCCGCCCGCGGACGCCACCAGAGGCCAUCGACCUCAUCAGUCGGCUUCUCGAAUACACGCCCAGCGCGAGAUUGACUGCCGUCGAGGCCAUCUGCCAUCCCUUCUUUGACGAGCUGAGGCAGCCGGACCUGAGGAUGCCCAACGGACGGGAGACGCCCCAGCUCUUCAAUUGGACCAAAGAGGAGCUUUCCAUUCGACCGGACCUGAUCGAGCGUCUUGUGCCUGAGCAUGCGCGACCUGCGCUCAGCGAGCAGGGCAUCGACAUCCACAACUUCCAGCCUAUUCCCCUCGAAUCGCUACGCGUCACGCUUGACUGA